AAUUCUGUAAUCAUUCAGUUCUGUUUUAUUUAUUGAUUUACAACACCAAUGAUGAAAGUCAUAAUUUUUGGUAUUAUGUUAAUUAUUAUUAACCAAACAAUUAGUUUUUCAAUUGAAAAUAAAAAUUAUACGUUGUUACAACGAGGUUUUAACAGAGAUCUUAAGCAAUUUUUGGAAUAUGAUUUAAGAAGUAUAAUGAGAAAUGGUGUUCCAGUACUUGAUCCUUAUUAUCAUAAACAACAAUUUUUUGAAUACGAUGAUUCUAAAUUAAACUUCGAAGGUACAUUUUAUGAAUUUAAUAUUAAACAUUUGUCAAACUACGAUGUUGAAUAUUCAAAUGUCAAUUUAUGGACAAGAAAAGUUGAUGUUAAUUUAUAUUUUCCUGUUAUAACUUCUGAAGGAUUUUAUGAUUUAAAAUUUAUUUAUCAGGAUGAUAUGUAUAGUGGAAAUGGAGAAUACAAAGCAAUUGCAUCAAACUUAAAAUUAUAUAUUCAAGCAUGGGUUUCUUUUUGGGGUGGUCUUCAUGUUAAAUCUCUUACAACCAAAAUUUCAUUGGAAAAAUAUGAUUUUUCAGCUACCAACAAUUAUUUGGGUAGCAAUCAAACAAUGUUAUGGUGUAAACAAGUAUCAGAAUUGGUACCAAAAAUAAUAAAAGAAGACCAUGAUGCAUUGUCAUCAUACAUAUCAAAAAAAUUAAUAGUUUUGAUUAAUGAUCAGCUCUAAAAAUAAUUAAUUGAUUUAUUAUAUUGUAGUAAUGUUAUAUUACCUAAUAAUAAAUAAUAUUAUUAUAAAAU